AAAUAAAUUCUUCUUUCUGGGGUUUAUGCCUUUUUCCCCCAAAACAGCGAGUGAAGAAGAAAAUCCAGUAAACUCUAGAAGAGAAAAUCGAACUUCCCCAAAUCUUUUGGAACGGAACAGCGAUCGGAGCAAAAUUGGGUGAGUGGUAGUGAAAGAGCAGUGGAAGAAUCAAGAAUGGGAAGCCAACCUGCACAAAUUCCGACCAGUUUUGGGCAUGAACUGAGAGCUUGUCUCCGUUGCCGUCUUGUUAAAACUUAUGACCAGUUUAGGGAAUCAGGAUGCGAGAACUGUCCCUUCUUCAAGAUGGAUGAAGAUCAUGAGCGUGUAGUGGACUGCACUACUCCAAAUUUUACUGGUGUAAUCUCUGUUAUGGAUCCAACGAGGAGUUGGGCAGCUCGAUGGCUUCGAAUUGCACGGUAUGUCCCUGGUUGUUACACACUUGCUGUAUCUGAGGCACUUCCAGAAGAUUUGCAGGUUAGUGAUUCAAGAUGGCUGCUACUACAAAAGUCCUUGUCUUUCGUCAGAUGUGCUAACAUUUCAAGUUUUGGACGAAAUCUUUGUGAGGAUGAACAUAUCCCGUAUGCUCCUCCAAAACGCAUCUGAUCCAACAAACCAGCAACGAAAACAUCAGCAGAUUUUGGGUUUGAUAUGGGAAGUACUCCCAUUUUGCAGCAUCAACGUAAAUCCCGGGACAAAUGCUAUGUAAUUAAGAUAACGAAUUACUGAAAUUAUCAUUAACCCCCCUAAUCUGGAAACUGAACAUGUUUUAUGUCUGAAUAUCUCUCAGUUAUCUGUGUUUGCAUGCUCAUCUGAUUAACUCUCAAUGUAUUGAUGUUGUGUUUAUGUGACACUCAAAUUUUGUGGA